GCAGUAGUGGUUGCGCCAUGCGCCAGCUACCGUCUUGUAGUGGUUAGCUUCCGGGGCACCUGCGGAAAACUGACUGAAGUGAAGAACCGUUCUUAGUCGCUAAUAAAAUUCGUCAUUUCGACAAAUCGUGUGGACUAACGCUUGUUCUAGGAGGUCAGACGGACAUAUGCGAAUAUGCAGAAUAUGAUAAAUAGCAUGAAAGGCGUGGGCCUUGGGGUUGCUGAAUUCCUGACACCAGUUUUAAAGGAGUCAAAGUUCAGAGAGACCGGGGUGUUGACACCAGAGGAAUUUGUCGCUGCAGGGGACCAUCUCGUUCACAGUUGCCCGACGUGGAAGUGGAGUGCAGGAGAGGCGAGCAAAAAGAAAUCUUAUCUCCCAGACGAAAAGCAGUUUCUUCUCACCAAUAACGUUCCUUGUUAUAAGAGAUGCAAGCAGAUGGAAUACCAUGAGGAGAAUGAGGCUAUCAUCGAAGAGAACGAUGAAGAUGGUGGAUGGGUGGAUACACAUCAUAAUGCAGAUUUGUCAGGUACCCAAGCUGCUGAAAAGUCUAGCGAGAUGACCCUUGAUCCAAAGUCAGAGCCAACAGCUUGUGGUGAUGACGAUGACGACGAUGAUGAUGAUGAAGAAGCAGAAGAUAUGGAAGCUUUUGAGGAAAGCGGAAUGCUAGAAGCAGAAGACAAUGCCACGCUGGAUACGAGUAAGCUAAAGGGUACGGGGUCGGAGAGCGGAGGGGCCAGUGGAGAAAGCGGAAUACUGCAAACGAGAACAUACGAUCUAAACAUCACAUAUGACAAGUACUAUCAAACACCCAGGCUAUGGUUGUAUGGAUAUGAUGAGCAUCGAAAACCUUUGACUGUAGAUCAGAUGUAUGAAGAUAUCAGCCAGGAUCAUGUGAAGAAGACUGUAACAGUAGAAUCCCAUCCGAAUCUUCCACAGACGAUGUGCUCUGUACAUCCAUGCAGACAUGCUGACGUCAUGAAGAAGAUCAUUCACACAGUGCAAGACGGCGGAGGUGAACUAGGAGUACAUCUCUACCUUUUAAUUUUCCUGAAGUUCGUCCAAGCCGUGAUUCCAACGAUAGAAUACGACUACACUAGACACUUCACCAUGAACUCGCCUCUCUCAACGCGGUGAGCGAUCGUGUACCAUGGCAACGGGGCAACCGGCAGCAGCUAGCUAUCACCCUGCGGAGGCUUCUUAUCUUUAUAUAAUCAUGCAAUAUCUAAGUAUCCUAGCAAUGUGUAUGUGGAGCAGUGGGAGUAUGUGAUUCAUUGUUAGAAUUAACUUCAAAAAAUUCAAAUUCGUUCAGAUUAUAUCAUUCCAUGAAGAGUGUUUUCAUCCUUGCAAAUUUUCCUCUCUUUCCUUCAUCAGUGCUGAAGUGUUGUUUCUUCGUCCUGUAUCAUAAACACAUCAAAUCGAUAGUAACAAUCAAUUGUAACUUUUUGUUCACAUUUUCGCAGAGUUACACUUAGCUGCAAAGUUGAUUGUAAGGUUUGAUUAUACUGGGCCUUGAUUUAAUAUCAACUGCAAUAUAUGAUCAUGUUUUUUUUUAAUGUGGAUGCUGUUGCCUUGUUUGAUAUUAGGCUGUGUAAAUCUAGACAAUCUGUGAACUGUUAAGGCCACCGCACACCUUA